CUCUGUCAAUCACAUUGCAAAAAGCAAGAGAAUUAUUCAAUCAUUGUCAAUAUGAAGUCCCCAAUCUAUAUCCUCACUGUCCUGCUCCACAUCGCUACACAGUUAGCCCUAGCAGCCCCUAUCACAGACUCUGACUCCGACACCUCUUCUCUAGAAGAGAGAACCCCGGCCCCUCCCCCUAGUCCCAAGCUACCUGCCGCUGCAGCAGCAGCAGCAGCAGCCGCCGCCGCCGGCCGCUGCAGCUGCUGCCGCCUCAGGUGGUGGUAAGGGAGGAAACGCAGCUGCUGCCGCUGCCGCCGCCGCUGCCACAGCUGGAGGUGGAGGAAAGAAUGUCGCCGCGGCUGCCGCCG